GUUCCGUCGGUUCCGUUUCCGAACGUGUGCGCCAUCUUGGCGGAAGUUGCCGCCAGGAAGCAGAUUAUAAAAGCAUAUAUGUGUACAAGCAAGUGGAAGACUUCUUCAAUUUACAAUUGACACUGGCGAGUAUAAUGCCGUUGGCCCAGCUCGCGGCGGACCCCUGGGUACAGAUAAAAACAGAAUGCGGGGGGCCACCAGGCGAAGAGAUGGUUGUGGAUGACAGUGAUGAAACCCAGGGCGCCGACAUGGAAACGGGCGACACUGCCGAAGGCACUCACGAAUUUGAGCUGACAAAUGUCACCAAGGAAGGCCAUCCUAAGGGAGACCCAAGUCAGUUCAAACUACUUAAAGUUUUGGGGCAAGGCUCCUUUGGAAAGGUCUUCCUUGUAAAGAAAAUAGUUGGCCCAGAUGCUGGUACGCUCUAUGCGAUGAAGGUUCUCAAAAAGGCCACCCUAAAAGUUCGAGACAGGUUACGAACAAAGAUGGAGCGUGACAUUUUGGCGGAGGUCCGUCAUCCUUUCGUUGUAAAGCUGCAUUAUGCAUUUCAGACUGAGGGGAAGCUCUACCUGAUCUUGGAUUUUCUUAAAGGAGGGGACCUCUUUACAAGGUUAAGUAAGGAGGUGAUGUUUACUGAAGAAGAUGUGAAGUUUUAUCUGGCUGAGCUGGCCUUGGCAUUGGACCAUUUGCAUGGUCUGGGCAUUAUCUACAGGGACCUUAAGCCUGAAAAUAUAUUGCUCGAUUCAGAUGGACACAUCAGCCUCACUGACUUUGGUCUAAGCAAAGAGGCCCUAAACGACCAGAAGGCAUACUCUUUCUGUGGUACGAUAGAGUACAUGGCACCAGAGGUGAUUAAUAGAAAAGGACAUACAAUGGCAGCAGACUGGUGGUCAUUUGGUGUACUCAUGUUUGAAAUGCUGACCGGAGGCUUGCCGUUUCAAGGGACAAACAGGAAGGAAACCAUGCUGCAAAUCCUCAAAGCUAAGCUUGGCAUGCCGCAGUUCCUGAGCCCGGAAGCACAAAGUUUAUUGAGAGCACUUUUCAAAAGAAAUCCUGCCAACCGGUUAGGAUCAGGUCCAAAUGCAAUCGGUGAGGUGAAGGCUCACCCUUUCUUUGCCACCAUCGACUGGAACAAGUUGUACAAGCGGGAGGUAGUGCCGCCGUUCAUCCCUGCUGUCUCUAGGUCAGACAACACUCUGUACUUUGACAAGGAGUUCACGUCGAAGACUCCCGAAGGUAUCUCAGAUUCUCCUGGGGUGCCCCCCAGUGCUAACGCACACGAAUUAUUCAGGGGGUUCAGCUUUGUUGCUCCUAGCCUAAAUGAAGAAGAGCAUAUGAAGAACAGCGAAAACCAGUCCUCUAAAUGGUAUGGCCUGGCGUACAAGGAGUAUAUUGCAAAGGAGUAUGAGCUAAAGGAAGAUCUUGGCUUAGGUUCAUAUUCCACGUGUAAACGGGCUGUUCACAAAGCCACUGGCAAAGAGUAUGCUGUCAAGAUCAUUGACAAGUUCAAAAGGGACUGCCAAGAGGAAGUGGAAAUCCUUCUGAGAUAUGGACAGCACCCAAAUAUUCUCACUGUAUAUGACGUGUACCAUGAUGCUACUUCUGUGUAUGUGAUAAUGGAAUUACUCAAGGGAGGUGAACUACUUGAUAGGAUACUGAAUCGCAAGCACUUUAGUGAACGAGAAGCUAGUGCAGUGUUAGAGGUGAUUGCAAAGACAAUGAAGUUUCUGCAUGACAAUGGGGUGGUCCAUCGUGACCUGAAACCGUCCAACAUAAUGUACGCGGAUGAGAGUGGCUGCCCAGAGUCGUUGCGCAUCUGUGACUUUGGCUUUGCGAAGCAGAUGCGUGCAGAGAACGGGCUCCUCAUGACCCCGUGCUACACAGCCAAUUUUGUGGCCCCCGAGGUGCUCAAGAAGCAGGGCUAUGAUGAAGCCUGUGACAUAUGGAGCAUGGGUGUGCUUCUGUACACCAUGCUGGCUGGGCACGCACCUUUCGCAAAUGGCCCCAACGACACGCCCAAUCAGAUCCUGGCCCGCAUUGGAGAGGGCCGUUUUGACCUUGUUUCGGGGAACUGGGCAGACAUAUCACACGCUGCUAAGCACCUUGUCCAGAAAAUGCUGCACGUUGAUCCAAAGCAGCGCUACCGUGCAACCGAUGUCCUUGGCCACCCGUGGAUUAUUGACAGGGUAAACCUACCAGUCAGUAGGCUAACACACCAGGAGCCACAUCUAGUGAAGGGAGCAAUGGCUGCCACAUUCCGUGCAAUCAACAAUUACCCCAAGCCACCGAAUCUUGAGCCUGUAGCCGCUUCGGAGCUGGCACGGAGACGAGCAAUGUCGAGGCACCAAUCCGCUACGAAGGUCUGAGGAGGAUUUACGAAUUGUACACUGCACGAACAUCGACUUUGUCCAUCCACCCAUCCGCUGGUUGCAUCCCUGGCUGGUCAAAUCUGAGGGGCAUAAAGCUGAGUAAUCACAAAACGGGAGACCUUCCCUCAGUUUUCAAAGGGAGCCCAAGUCAAGCCAUAAAUCACGCUGUGAAUCGCUGAUGUACAUUCAAAUGCAGGACAGUUUAUGUGGUAUUUGGUCCAACCGCAUUAGUAGAAGCAGGGAAGUGCAAGGUUGUUCACGCAAGUAUUACAUUUUUAGGUUACAUAGUGUGUUAUGAGGCAGCGUUAAACCACAUUUAAUAUUGUGGCAGGCGGUGUAUGGUCUGUGAGGUGGCGCAGUAUAAGAUGUGACAUGCUCCUGGCGACACCUGGCUCUUGUUCCUGACAUCAUGCCAAUAGCUUCACAGUAAUCGAUGCCUGAAAACUGCUGCCAGUAACACCUGCCUUUGAAAUACAGCUCGGUUUUCUUGUUCUGCCAUAAUGCAAUUAAGGAUGAACACACGAAGCAGGGUAUACGUAUGUCAAAAUGUGGUCGCUCUGAGUGAAUAAACACUUUGCAUUAUAAAAUUCUCCUGAAGGAAGAGAAGACCAAACACAUGUCAUGGGCAUGAGGAUAUUGUUAUUGAGUGCUGAUCAACAGUAGAAAGUAUGCACAUUUAUGUUCAAUGUGGGCACUGUUGUUUAAAUAAACGUUCAUGCUUCUUGUACAUGACGAAACAUCAGGCACGUAGGCUUUGAUUUAAUGUGCAUUGAUUUCUUCCGAAAGUCUGCAGCAGAGUGAUGUGAAACUUUGUACAUAGUAGCAGUACAUAUCUGCAAGCAGUAUGCUGCCUUUCAUUUUUCGAAACAAUCAGUAUGUGUAAUACUUGUGGGAAUCACCAUGUAUGCAUUACCAUAGGUCACAAGAGCAUGGUCUUCUAUUUUCCAAGUGGGAAUGGGAGGGAUUCUUGAGUUUUCUCUCAAUGCUUGCUCUAAUGCUGUAAACCAUGAGAUAGUUGUCAUGGAGAGCAAAAAUAGCAGUGGCAGUGGCAAUAACUCAGUGUUUUUCAAUGUGGACAUUUGCUUUGCCUGUCCAUUUCUGCCACUUGUCACAAAGGGGAGUCUUAGAUGAAAUCAGGUGUACAAGAUCUGCGUGAAUCUUGAUUUCAUAGCUUCAUCUCAGUAAAAUAGAGCUGACCUGUCAAGAAAGACUCUUGCUUCCACUUCAAGAAGUAUUCAGCCAUUUGGUGAGACGUUAGACUUGUCUGAUGAUACAAUGAGAUGUUGAAUAACUGAGAUGCGAUUGUGAAUUUUAAAAAAAGCUUCCUGAAUCAUUGAGGUUCCACUAGAUGUAUAUGUAUAUUAUAUAAUAUAAAUAUUUUGAACCUGUGUGCCAUUUACAGAUUUUGAUCUAUAUUAGCUAGAUCUAUAUCUCUUCACAACGUAGAACCCUUUCUGUUGUGCUUUGUGUAAUUUUUGCGUGUACACAGUAACAUGUUUGGCUAUCUCAUCACAGUUGAUGCAAACAAGAUCUUUCAUGAAACACUAAUUGCUUUCUCAGUCCCCCACUUUUUUUUUUUUUUCUGCACAUGUUAUGGUAUUUGUAAUAUGUGCUUGCGGCCAAUGAGACAGUUAGUACAACCUGAAUCACGUGACUUUUCUUCCUUUCUGACGUUCGAAGUGCCUUUGGAGUGUAAAUUAUCUGCAGCCAAAACGUUAGGUACCCAUUUCAUGUUGCUGAAUGGGGUAUGCCUCUGGAGUGUCGUAUUUUGUAGCAAGUGAGGUACUAGAAUAUAUGCACAUCGAAAUUUGAAAUUUACCAGUUUAGUUUUUCAAAAUUUUUACAAGUUUCUUUUUUUUUUGUCUGCUUGUCACGUAUAUUGUUUUAGACUUGCUCUUCAUAUUUAGGGGUAUAAACCCCAUGUUUGUAUACGUUCUCUUUUUGUUUUGAUGUCCUCCAGUGGGGAAAAAAACAUUUGAUAGCUGCAUGUGAACAGCCUCAUUAACAGUGCUCUUUGUAAAUUAGAUCUGUUUACAACCACUUUAACACAAUCACAAUAAAUGCAGGAACCAGUAGUUCGAUGGUAAUACAAUAGGGCCUUGUGUUUUAGGGGUUACGUAGACCCAGUAAAACUUAUUUUAACCCCCGGCCACUUGGAGCUUGACUGUACCAAAUGCGGACAGGUGAAUGAUAGAAGUUCGACAACAAACAGAUGUUUUCCAUUUGUUACAACAUUGAAUUACAACGCACGUAGUACUAUCAAAAGGGGAUCCUCAUCGCAUGCGAAAGACUACAUCUCAUAAAGGUACGGAGCCUGCCGGUCACUUUUUUUUUUCUUACACAGCUGUGCAUCAUCAACUGACUUUUAAGUUGGAGUUUCUGGGUGUUGGUUGUGAACUUGACCACAAAAAGACCAUCUGAUUUUGCCGAAAAUUACUAUGUAAAUAUUAAACCGCGAAGUGUUGCACCUUUCUUGUUUGUGUGUGACAUGUGCGCACAUAUGUGAAAUAUUACGUGUCCUGUUAUGACGUAGUGCCCAGCAAGUCUCCAGUCAUUGGGAUAGGGGGAGGGUAAGGCUUCCAUGAGAGAAGUGCUCUGGGGGGAGGGGCUGGCUUUCCAUAGAGGAGGCCCAAUUGCCAGCGCAUUAGGGGCAUGAUCUCUGAGCAUCACAGGUCUGUUCCACAUGAGCAAAUUUCGGUAUAAAACCCGUACCAAAACAGCCUAGCCAAGAAUAGUAGAACCACUUUCUUUUACACGGUCAUUUCUCUUGCAUUGCACUAAUGCCAAACUUCCUUGGUGCUAACAAAACAUCAGCCUUCAAAGCGAUACUUUCAUCUUUGGCUGUAAAUUGAAUGUGUACAGUGUGCAGCAGUCAUAUUGCCAUUCAUGCCAUGGAUGUUUACUGCCAAGCGAACAAUUUUUGUAGAAUCCCGAGUGUGUAAUUCUGUAAAUUCUGGAAGUUGUCUUUCACAUCUGCUUUGGGUGUCCACAGUGCUCUCUGCAAAUUUGCGGAAAGUCUGUUUCAUCGUUUGCAACUGAACAGAGUAACAAAAACAUGCAGUUAAAAAAAAAAAGGCCUUUGGAGCACUUGUUCUGUGUGUGUUUCGUACUGCUUGCGAGAGCUCGCUCGCACAUGAAAUCUAGAUUUCACGUUUACCAGCUGCUGUGCUCUUUGGCAGCCAAGUUUCCCAUUCAUAAAUCUACUCUGUACGACAAUGAAGUUGGACACGAAAGAGUGGUUUCACAAUGAAAUGCGUCCCCAUCAAGUGACUGUCUAGUUCAUUCCUCCUGUGUAAAUAUAUGUACUAUGUUUCCCCGUCUGCACUACCGUGGGGUGCAGAUGGUCCUAUUUCUGUGUGCAUAGAUCAGUUUAUGAGAACAUUUUUGAUGGAUGUGAUACUUAUACAUUUUCCUCUCUUGCAUUUCCCUUGUGAGACGUUUUCUCCUGUUUUCCUAGUACUUUGCUAGAACUUUGUCCUUGAACUCUACAUGGGUUACUCUCCACUUUUAAGCUUACUACUGUAAAGAAUGCUUCAAUAAACUCUUUGAUACGUUGUUGAA